GAACUCGCCAAAAUUCGAAGUUAUUCGUGGCGGAUCCAUUGACGAAAGCGGCUGAUUGUGUGUAACAAAAUGAGGGCUGUGGCUUUAGCUUUUGUCAGUUUACUGGCAAUUUAUUAUGUUAAUUGUGAAGUGUAUUUUGAAGAGAAAUUCCCGGAUGAUUCAUGGGAAACCAAUUGGGUGUACAGCGAGCACCCCGGCAAGGAGUUCGGCAAAUUUAAGUUAACCGCUGGGAAAUUCUACAAUGACCCCGAAGAAGAUAAAGGUCUGCAGACCUCUGAAGAUGCGAGGUUUUAUGCUCUGUCGCGCAAGUUUAAGCCAUUCUCCAACGAGGACAAGCCCCUGGUGGUGCAAUUCUCGGUGAAGCAUGAGCAAGACAUUGACUGUGGAGGUGGUUACCUCAAGGUGUUUGACUGCAAGUUGGACCAGAAGGACAUGCACGGCGAAACUCCCUAUGAAAUUAUGUUCGGUCCCGAUAUCUGUGGUCCUGGUACCAAGAAGGUGCAUGUAAUCUUCAGCUACAAGGGCAAGAACCAUCUGAUCAAGAAAGACAUUCGCUGCAAGGAUGAUGUCUACACUCACUUGUACACGCUCAUUGUGAAACCAGACAACACAUAUGAAGUGCUUAUUGACAAUGAAAAGGUGGAAUCUGGAGAGCUGGAGGCUGACUGGGACUUCCUACCUCCUAAGAAGAUCAAGGACCCUGAAGCAAAGAAACCUGAAGACUGGGACGACAAACCAACCAUCCCCGACCCUGAAGACAAGAAGCCCGAAGAUUGGGACAAGCCUGAGCACAUUCCUGACCCGGAUGCCAGCAAACCCGAAGACUGGGACGAUGAGAUGGACGGCGAGUGGGAGCCCCCCAUGAUUGACAACCCCGACUACAAAGGUGUCUGGGCCCCCAAGCAGAUUGACAACCCUGCGUACAAGGGUCCAUGGGUGCACCCCGAGAUCGACAACCCUGAAUACACCCCCGACUCCAAGCUGUACAAGAGAGACGAACUGUGUGCUGUCGGUUUGGAUCUGUGGCAGGUCAAGUCGGGCACCAUCUUUGACAAUUUCCUCAUCACCGAUGACUUGGAGGUGGCAAAGGAGCGCGGAGAAGCUCUUAAGAAGACUUUAGAAGGGGAGAAGAAGAUGAAGAACGAGCAGGAUGAGGCCGAAAGGGAGAAGGAGAAGGCGGAGAAGCCUGAUGAUGAGGAGGAUGAUGAGGAUCUCGAUGAGGAAGCCGGAGAAGCGGCGCCUGUUGAUGAGCACGACGAGCUGUAGACUAGUUGUGUAGUGAGUUAGACAAUAUGUACCACUGGUACUAAGUGCGCGCCGACAUACAGUUACAAGCCGCCAUUUUGUGUGUGUUUCAAUAUAUCCAGUAUCUGUUAUUUAUAUACAUGUCACUUGUGUGGAACACUCGAAUUAUCCGAUGUAUUACGUCGUCACUUACUUUGAUAUACCCGGGUUUGGGUAAUUUUGCUAUUAGGGAUGCAACUAUAUCGAUAUUUAUCGAUAUCGAUACUGCCAUUUUUACUUGUAACUGAUUUUAAUAAACAAUUUGAGUUGUAAAAAAAUUUUUGUUUAACACUUUUUUUUAAGAAUAAUUGUGAGUUAUCGAUAAAAUUGUAUCGAAUUUAUAUCGAUAUAAGUUUUGCUGCAACCCUAAUUGUGAUAUGCAAUAUUCCUUGGUUUAUGUUCUAAGUAAUGACAGAUGUGUGUAUGUAUGUAUGUAUAUAAAGGAAUCGCGCUCAUGUUAUUUAAUGUUAUGUUGCGACACUGUGUGUCGUGUUUGUGUGUUUGUGCAUUUGUUGGCCAACAUGGGCCAACAGCCAACAUUUUGUACUUGGCCUAUGUUGUACAAUGAAUGCUUGUAUAAUGAGUUCUCAAUUUACGUUGUGAAAUGAGUCUGAUUAAAAUUAAUACCAAUUUUA